GGCGUCAUGGGUUUCCGGAAGUUCUCCCCCUUCCUGGCUCUUGGCAUCUUGGUCCUGUUCCAGACCAGCUGCCUCCAGGCCGCGCCAUUCAGGUCUUUAGAGAGCAUCCCAGACCCCACUACACUCAGCGAGGAGGAAGCGCGCCUCCUGCUGGCUGCACUGGUGAAAGACUUUGUGCAAAUGAAAGCCAGUGAGCUGGAACAGGAGACUGAGGACUCCAGCCUGGACAGCCCCAGAACUAAACGAUGCGGUAAUCUGAGUACCUGCGUGCUGGGCACAUACACGCAGGACCUGAACAAGUUUCACACGUUUCCCCAAACUGCAAUUGGGGUUGGAGCACCUGGCAAGAGAAGGGAUGUGGCCAGCAGCUUGGAGAGAGACCACCGCCCUCACAUCACUGCCCAGAAGAGAUCCUGCAACACUGCCACCUGUGUGACCCAUCGGCUGGCAGGCUUGCUGAGCAGGUCAGGGGGUAUGGUGAAGAGCAACUUCGUGCCCACUGACGUGGGCUCCAAUGCCUUUGGCCGGCGCCGCAGGGACCUUCAGGCCUGAGCAGCUGAGGGGCUCCAGGAAGAAGGU